AUGGUGGGUAGUGGAGCUCCACCGAGAGGAAGUGCAGCUGCAGCUGCAAGCAUGCGUAGGAGGAAGCCGAGUGGUAGCUCCAGUGGAGGAGGAGCCUCUGGUGGUGCGGCUGGAUCCAUGCUUCAGUUCUACACGGAUGACGCACCUGGUCUCAAGAUCUCGCCUAAUGUUGUCCUUGUCAUGAGCAUCGGUUUCAUCGCUUUCGUCGCUGUCCUUCACGUAAUGGGAAAGCUCUACUUUGUCAAGUGA